CUUCAACUUAAACAGUAUCAGCUGAUUUAGUUGCGACAAGAAAAUAAAAUAUCGCGUUAUGACAUCAACAAAUAAUCAAAUUAAAAUGAAAAAUGAUUCUAAGACAAGAGUGUCACGCAGUGGCAGAGUUUGUAAAAAGUCAUCAAAGUUGAUGUAUUUGGAUGCUACUAGUGGAGACAUCAAAAAAAUUAAAAGUAGUAAAACAUUACAACAAAGCAGUUCGUCAAAGAAAAAAUCAAACAUUGAGAAUGUUGAUAUACAUAACCAAACUCAAUCUACGAAAAUUAGUCAAGUCAUCAAUAAAUCACAAAAAAAGAGCACUAAAAAUAAUAGUAAAGAUUUAAAAAAUGAAUCAAGUGUUGAAACAAUGGAAACAGAAUUACCUAAUAUUGAACCACUUAAUGAUACAUCUGUUAACAUACAUCUUAAUAUUGAAAAACAAAUUCAACAAACUAAAGAAUCUUCUCAGGUCAAUUCAUCAACCAGUUCAGAUUCUGAAACUUAUUCAGCUCUGAGUAAUAAUGAAAUAGAAACUCCAGAUUAUACUAGUUACGAUGAAGAAAGUGUCAAUUCUGAUGAAGAACUCCUUCUAUCCAAAAAUAUUACCUCCAAACCAGGGCAUGCAAAAUUACAUCCAAAUAUGCUACCCAACAAUCCACCACCAGCUGCUACUUCGCAAAUGGUCUAUACUGGGUAUGAAUUAUGGUCUAAUGAAAUGAAGAAAGAGAUACUAAGAAAAUAUCCAGCUAUAGAUAUAAAUGUUUUGAAUGUACGGCUUGGUGAAAUGUGGAUUAGAUUGUCAACCAUGGAGAGAAACAAUUGGCAUUCACGGGCUCGUGUCUUGGCACAAAAAAAUGGAUCUCAAAACAAAUGUGUAAUGGAUUACAAAACUUCAGCUUGGUUAAACUCAUGCAGUAAUAAUUCAGUUCAAUUUGGUCAACCCUUUAUUGAUGCAAAAUUAAGAAGCAUAGAAUUAGAACCCAUAGAUGUUGCUGCUUAUCUCAGGUUGUUAGGAGAAAGUUUGAUGCUGAUUGGAGGUCAAUUACAACAACGUAAAAGGCCGGUAGUAACAUCUGACUGUAUCACAGUUUUGUUGGAUUCACUUCUAUGUGCUAUGGGUAGUCUAAUAUGUUUAACACAGCAAGUACCACUUUUGACAACUGAAAAGACUGCUAUUUUGAAAAAGACGUUAGAGAAUAUCGCAUACGUAAUGCCGGGUUUGUAAGAGAGUAUCGUGGUAAAUGUUGGGUUUAAAAACUUAUUAAUCUAUUUUUUUUAAUUCUGUUCUUGUAAUUUUAGUUUAUACGCUCAAAAAGUAUUUAUUUCUUCAUUAUCUGUUUAUUGGUAUGUUUGUAGUUAAAAAACUAAGUGUUGAAUAAAUA